AUGCCCAGGGUCCGGCGGCCGAACGUCCGCUCCGGGAACGAGUCUAGUCCCGCGCCCGCCAUGGAGCCUUCCGGCGGCGGGGCUUGGGCCCAUAGCCGCGCGGCGCUGGACCGGCUGGAGAAACUGCUGCGCUGUUCGCGUUGCACCCAUAUUCUGAGGGAACCUGUUUGCUUAGGAGGAUGUGAGCACAUCUUCUGUAGUGACUGUGUAAGCGACUGCUUUGGAACCGAAUGCCCCGUGUGUUACACCCCAGCCUGGAUACAAGAUGUGAAGAUCAAUCGACAGUUGGACAGUAUGAUCCAACUUUGUAGUAAGCUUCAAAAUUUGCUGCAUGACAAUCCGCUUUCAGAUUCGAAAGAAACUGCAUGUAAAACCAGAAUGUUCAGUAAUGCAGAAAACAAGAAGAAUUCAAUAAAGAUGUGGUUCAGUCCUCGUAGUAAGAAGGUCAGGUAUGUUGUGAACAAAGUGUCGGUGCACACCCAGCCUCAGAAUGUCAGUGACCAGAAUGCCCAGCAGGCCUCCAUGUACGAGUUUAUCUCCUCCAGUCCUUCGCUCGAUGUGUCUCGGAAGGCAAAGACUAAAAAGGCUUCCGCAAAAUCUAGGAAAAGGCAGAGAAAGAAAAGAUUGGCUGAAAUCAACCAAGAGUGGCAUGUAGGGGCAGAAAAGGAAGAUGGGGACCCUGACUCCAAGGAGGAAUCUAAGGAAAGGCUGGUGUCCUUCUGCAGCCAGCCAUCUGUCAUUGCCAGCUCUCAGCCAAACGGUGAAAUCGACUUACUAGCCAGUGACCCCCUAGCAGAGUCUGAAUUUCUCAGAAGCUUAAAUGAGAGCUCCUUACCUCUGGCUGUGCCCUCCGUGUCUCCAGAAGUUGACAGCAAGCAUGAAGUAGGGACACCCCAGGAGAAUCCCUGUGAAAAUGACCACGCACCUAAGGAAACCUUGCCUUUGGGCCGGGAGGAGAAUCGGUGUCCCCCAAGACCUCGCAGUCCCAUUUCCCAGCCACGUCGAGGCAGCCUUCAGAGAGCUGGGAGCUCUCUUGUGAAGCAGACCAUCGGGGCGGAAGAGCCGUUGCCUGGCUGUCCUUCCCCACCGCCAAGCCGACUUGAAGUUGGCGGCACACUGAGGAGAAAAAACAGUCACGCGUCCGAUGACUCCAUUAGUCUUUCGCCAGGUACUUCCCCUUCUCCACUGACCAGUCCAAGUUACAGACGAAUGAUGUGCAGCCCCUCUGCAGCCAAGCUCUCGCCCACCGGCCGCCCAUCUGUGAAAAGGAACCACAGGGGAGAGACUCUGCUCCAUAUUGCAUCGAUUAAGGGUGACAUACCUUCUGUGGAAUAUCUCUUACAACAUGGAAGUGACCCGAAUGUUCAGGACCAUGCCGGAUGGACACCAUUGCAUGAAGCCUGCAAUCAUGGGCACCUGAAGGUGGUGGAAUUGCUGCUUCAGCACAAGGCGUUGGUGAACACCACUGGCUAUCAGAAUGACUCUCCACUCCACGAUGCUGCCAGGAAUGGGCACUUGGACAUCGUCAAGCUCUUACUCUCCUAUGGAGCCUCUAGGAAUGCUGUUAACAUAUUUGGUCUGCGGCCUGUGGAUUGUACACACAAUGAGAAUAUGAAGUCGCUGUUGUUGCUACCAGAGAAGAAUGAAUCAUCAUCAGCUAGCCAUUGCUCAGUUAUGAAAACGGGCCAACGCAGGGACAGGCCUCUGGUGCUUAUUGGCAGUGGCCUUUCUUCUGCGCAGCAGAAAAUGCUCAGUGACCUCACGGCCAUUCUUAAAGCUAAAAAAUGUGCUGAGUUUGACAGUACAGUUACUCAUGUCAUUGUUCCUGGUGACGCAGUUCAAAGUACCCUGAAAUGUUUGCUUGGGAUUCUUAAUGGGUGCUGGAUCCUCAAAUUUGACUGGGUGAAAGCAUGUCUACACAGUAAGACAUGUGAGCAGGAAGAGAAGUACGAAAUCUCUGAAGGUCCUCAGAGAAGCAGACUCAACAGAGAACAGCUGUUGCCAAAGCUGUUUGAUGGGUGCUACUUCUACCUCGGGGGAACUUUCAAGCACCAUCCAAAGGACAACCUCGUGAAGCUAGUCACAGCAGCCGGAGGCCAGAUCCUCAGUAGAAAGCCGAAGCCAGACAGUGACGUGACUCAGACCAUCAACACCGUGGCCUACCACGCCAGGCCCGACUCUGACCAGCGUUUCUGCACACAGUAUAUCAUCUACGAGGACAUUUCUAAUUAUCGCCUAGAGAAGGUUCGGCAGGGUAAAGUCUGGAUGGCUCCUUCCAGCUGGUUUAUAGACUGUGUGAUGUCCUUUAAGUUGCUCCCUCUGGACAUCUGAGUGCUGUACCAGAUGGACAUUUUAUUCUGAGCCUCCGCAGUGGGUGGAGACCCAACCAGGUAGCUGCCUUGACCAUUCACUUCUUUACACACAGGAGGUUUUGUAUCAGUCACAUGCAUGGUGUCUGUUUUCCCAGCAGCAGCAUGUUGGAGGGGCGGGGGAAGCAUAAGACGUUUAUGACUCUCCCUUGGGAGAGGACAACUGGCCAAAACAAAACCUCAGACAACAAACAUAAGACCCCUUCCCAUAUACUGCUGGUUAUUUUCAUAAAAGAAUGGUAUUUUUCUGCUUGAAUUAGGAAAUAAAACCUUCUGCUAGAUUAUGAAUGUAUUCUGUGUUCUCACUACAAUACUGGGGUCGAUUGUUCGGGCUGGCUUCCCUUUUGAUAACUGGCACAUGCUUUGAUUCAUCAUGUCUCUGAAACUAUCAAAGGUUGAUGAGGGUAUUAGAACUAUUGGGAAAAUAUGCAAAUGGUAUCAUCAUUGUCUCAUCCUUUCAGUGCUCUUUGAAUGAAAAAUACGACUGCCACCUGUAAAAUACUUAAAACCUUAUAGUGAACAGAUAUUGUCAAAUUACUUCUUCUGGCUUGAUCGUAAUCAGAGUAGAGUAUCCGGUUUAAAUAUAGUAGCAUAGUGUUAAAUAUUUCCUGUUCAUAAUUGUCUUCACCUUACCUUAUUUAACUUGUUUCUCAUAAUAGUUAACCUGGAUGUCUGUUGCUAAUUUUUUGUCCAUUAUUUUAAUCUUGCCCAUAAAUCAAGAAAUCAUGGUUUGAACGCUAACAUUGUUCUUUGGUGGUAAAGAUCAGCACUGGUCGCAUGGUAUCUGUUUCUAUUAUAUGCACUUGCUUAUUAUUAACUGCUGAUUUAUAAAAUUUUUAUCUAAAACAUAUACACUUAGAGCAUUUCUUUGCACUAACCCAUUUUAGUAUUAAUAUUUUCUAGACAACAUCUCCACUAGCAAAUUGCCAAUCAAAUGCCUUUUUUAGUCAACAUUGCUAGGUAUUACUACAUUACAUUUUUGAAGAUCCUAAUUUUCUCCUUGUAAUUAAAAAAAACCCAAAAUUCCAGUUGUAUGAAGGUAGUGGUUGGGAAUUACUUGAUUUAAAACAUCCCCACGGCCCGUAGAGGAUUGGAGGUGGUAGGGAUGGGAAGGACUUGCCUGUCCCCAGACAGACUAGGCGGCAGAGUAGCGAAUCAGGGUGCCACCCUAAGAAGGACAGACCCCAUUAGGCUUUUCUGUAAGCACUCUCAUCUGUGGAUGGAGAGAGCAUUUCCAGUCCUUUUUUUUUUUUUUUUUAAGUAAUAGAAGUCUGAAUUAAUCUUUUAUAGAUGUUCAAUGGAGUUAUAGUAAUACGUGUGGGGGAGGUAACUCACACCUGCCAGUUCCUGGUGGGCCCAAGUGGACAUGUCAAUUGAUGCCUACUCUAGGUUAGAUUAUCCCUAAUUUUAAAAUACUAUGAAGCGAAUACAUAUUUUAGGAUCCCCUCAUGUGAAAGCCUGAUUCUGCUGAUCAUGUAAAAAUGAAAUAGAAAUGUUAUAUGCUUAAUUUCUUCUGCCAUGUUAUUUUUCUAUGUUAAACUAAAAUAUUUGAAUGAAACACAUACAGCAGAUGCUAGUUUUCCAGGGUAAAAGAGAUUUGAGACACUGACUACAACCAGCAGGAUGUGGACUUCAUCCUACACUUCAUUCUAGGGAGAGUGAUGAACAACACUGCCAUUACCCCUCACAACCCGAAGGGCUUAGAUAAUGUCUCGGUUCAGUAACGUGAGCCUCCCUGGGACUCUGGGUGUCAUCUGGCUGUCUGAUUAAUAACUGACCAUUAGUCACUCUCUUGCCUCUGAUGUUUAUCUCUAAAAACACCACUGGGGAUUCCUCCUCUUGAGUCUCAUCAGGCGGUACUUUUGUUUAUUUACACCUCUCCACUUUUGUGUUUUGUUUUUGUCCCCAUUAAGAAGUUUCUGUUUUCUUCUGUAAAUGUUUAUCUUAACAGCCGUUGGCUUCAGUGAGCUCUUGAACUUGUGAUUGUGCUUCAAUAUUGAUGAACUUGUUUUCACUUCUCAACUGGAAGAUUGGUGUCCUUUUUCUUUACCAUAAUCAUUAAAGUUCCUAGUUUUUAAUGUA